ACCCCCAGAGCAGCCGCCGCCUUCUUUCUCCACACGACCAGGCGGCGCGCAGCAGAUUCGAGUUGAGGUUUACGCGGAAACCCUAGCCCGCCCGCCGCCACCCCAGCGCGGCGAUGGGGAUCUUCGACCUGCUCGAGCACGCCGGCGAGGCCUCGGGCAAGGAGGCCGUCGCCAAGGUCGCCAAGGAGGUCGUGCCGCGAUCCCUCUCCAAGGACGAGAAGAAGCAGCUCUACGAGCGCAAGAAGAGGGAGCAGCAGCUCAUCAAGGACCACAAGGACGGCAAGCACCCGCAGCAGACCCAGCAUGAGGGCCAGGAGUUUAGCGGGGAGGGAGGAGGACAAGGGCCUACUGGUGGACAGCAGGUUCCUGUCUAUGCAGGAGGCAUGGGCCGGCCAAACGGUCGCAUCCUAGUCGAUGCCGAUGGCAAUGAGUACCGUGACUAUAGCCGGGGCGGUGACAAUGCCAACGCUGGUUACCGUGGCAACUUCAAUGGCAGCGGUGGCCGUGGCCGUGGCCGUGGCAACUUCAAUGGCGGCCGUGGCGGCCGUGGCUACGGCAAUGGUGGUGUUGGCCGUGGCUACGGCAAUGGUGGCUACAAUAAUGGCAACCGUGGCUAUGACAACAAUGGCUACAACAACAAUGGCUACAGCAAUGGCAAUGGCGAUGACAGCCAAGUUUACCAUGAGGGCAAUGGCCAGUACCAGCAAGAUGGGAACAACUACAGCAAUGGUGGGAGGCAAGGGUACAGCAGAGGCGAUGGGAAGCCCAGGAUGGAGUACAGGCCUAAAAGCAAGCCAUCGUCUGUGGCUGCUUCUGAUGCUGACCAGAAGUCUGAAGGCAAGGCUGAGCCUGCUGCUGAGGAGGUGCCACAGAAGGAUGCCAGUGCUGAAAAUGGCGAUGCAGUCCCCGCUUCUGAAUCUGAAAAUUCCGCAGGGGAUGCUGCCAAGGAUGAUUCUAAGAAGGUAGAGGGAGAAGCUGCCCAAAACCCACGGAAGAAGGAGAGGGACCCCAAUGUCAAGCUUCUCAGUGGCUCUGCCAAGAGGAAGCUCAAGAAGAAGAACCCCAAGAAGGAAGACUCUAACGAUGGGGAUGCUUCUAAGAAAGCCGCUGACAAUGUGCCAGAGGCCAUUGAAGAGGAGAAACAAGAGAUGACCCUUGAAGAAUAUGAGAAGAUGCUUGGAAAGAAGAAGGCGUUGGUGCCCUCUGAACCUGUGGAGAGGAAGAUCGAUCCUGCAUUUGAGGGUAUAAAACCCCUGGAGAAGAAGAAGCUGGAGGAUGAAGAUGGAUUAAAGCUGGAAAAUGCUCAGCGCAAGCCAAAGGAGGUUGCUCCCAAGGAAGGCAAGGCUCGCAAGAUUACCAUCCAGCAGUACCUGAAGCCAGCUGAUGGUACUGAGUACGUCCCACCCCCACCCCCACCAAGGCGAGAUGGCCCUCAAAGCGGCGGCUACAGGGGUGGUCGUGGUGAUGGCGCUUACAACGGCCGCAGCCGCGACAGCAGCUCUGAGUCACGGGUCUACAACUCUGGCAAUGGCAACCCUCCAAUUGUCUUCCGCAAUGUGGAUGCCACAAAUGGCAACGGCGCGCCAAGGAGGGAUGGGUACCAGCAGCGGACUGAAGGCGGCUACCAGCAGGGCGGCUACAAUGGCUCCAGGGCCAAUGGAGCCUACCAGCAAGGCGGUGGCAGGGUCAAUGGUGGCUACCAGGAGCGCCAAGAUGGCUACAGUGGCGAGCGCCGGCAAGGGGCAUACCAGCAAGGCGGGAACCAGGAGCGCCGGCAAGGGGCAUACCAGCAAGGCGGGAACCAGGAGCGCCGGCAAGGGGCCUACCAGCAAGGUGGGAACCAGGAGCGCCGGCAAGGGGCCUACAAUGGCGGUGGAUACCAGCAGGGUGGUGGCCGCAGGUACCAGAGGCCCACUCCUGUUCCCACUCCUGUUCCUGAGGUUAACUCUGCGGUCCAGUUCCCGGCGUUGGGAGCAGCACUGCCAGCGGCUUCCAAGGCAAAGGAGCCGUCGCCUUCUCAGUCCCAGGCCUAGAAUUUCUCUUUCCUUUUCCCCUUUUACUACAGUUUUUUGGUGUGAGGAUUAGAAAGAGACCAGAGUAGAGGGAAGACUAGAGUUGGUUUUCCUCUGCAGUUUUGUAACGGAGCUACUACGUCAUAUCUACUCGUAUCUGAGUAUUAUCAGCAUGGUAUUGAGUUGCUUUGCUA